AUGGCUCAGGAGACAAACCAGACCCCAGGGCCCAUGCUGUGUAGUACAGGAUGUGGAUUUUAUGGAAAUCCUAGGACAAAUGGGAUGUGCUCUGUUUGCUACAAAGAGCAACUUCAACAACGGCAGAAUAGUGGUAGGAUCAGCCCAAUGGGGACAGCUAGUGGCUCAAACAAUCCCACUUCAGAUUCUGCAUCUGUGCAGAGAGCAGACACUAGCUUAAGCAACUGUGAAAGUACUGCUAAUAACACAUCUGAAAAAUCAAGAACUGUGGCUGUUGCUGCUUUGCCUGUAAUGCAGCUAAUGACAGAAAUGAUCAUUUCGAGAGAGGAAAAACUAUCAUCGAAAAUGGAGACAGAGCCAGUUGUUAUUCAACCAAGCCCAUCCGUUUCUCAACCUAGCACUUCAGAGAGUGAAGAGAAAGCUUCUGAACUGCCUAAACCAAAGAUGAACAGAUGUUUUAUGUGCAGAAAGAAGGUUGGCCUUACAGGAUUUGAUUGCCGAUGUGGGAACUUAUUUUGUGGACUUCACCGUUAUUCUGACAAGCAUAACUGCCCAUAUGAUUACAAAACAGAAGCUGCAGAAAAAAUAUGGAAAGAGAAUCCAGUAGUGGUGGCUGAAAAAAUUCGGAGAAUAUAA